GGGAAGGUUCGUUUCUUCUCGCAUUGUUCCGCACGUGCCAAAUCGAUCCAUUUUCCGAUCACGUUCGUCUAACCGCGAGGGUUCGUUCAACCACCGGUGCUUCAUCCCCGCGAAAAAUAAAUUCGCGGGAAUUUUGAAUUUGAAAAAUCAGUGCAUGUGUGAGAAAGUUACCAGUGUUGUUUCAGAAAAGUUCUUUCAGACCAGGGACAGCAACCUAUUGACUCAAAACAAAAAUGGAUUAAAUUCAGGAAAUUCGACAUUCACCGACGGCAAAUCAAGGCAGGCGUGAUGAGUCAGAUAAGAGCGUAAACCAGAGGUCCUCAAAAAUGGGACCCAACCGAAGAAUGAAAGGACCACUGCAUUUACCCAGGACCAUGGCGGAUUUGUCGCUGAUACUUCUAGCUCUACUUCUACCGAUAACACGAUCGGAUUCCGCCGUGGGUCCAGUAAACAACGACUUAGAUCUCUCUCCCGGAGUGAUAUCGUCUUCAUCCUCCGCAGCAUCCUCGUCUGCAUCGUCUUCCGUGGUUGGGAUCAUACCCGGAAGUGGUACGAACUCAGGAGGCAUUGGUGGAGCGAUAGGAGGAGGAAGCAAUGUCGGUCAUUCAAUGUCCGGCAGUUCUGUUGUGACUGGAAUGGGAAGAUGUGAAGAAAUCACAAUACCAAUGUGCAGAGGAAUCGGAUACAACUUAACAUCGAUGCCCAAUGAGUUAAACCAUGAUACACAAGAAGAAGCUGGAUUAGAGGUUCAUCAGUUUUGGCCGCUUGUCGAAAUCAAGUGUUCUCCAGAUUUGAAGUUCUUCCUGUGUUCGAUGUACACACCCAUCUGUAUUCCAGAAUACAACAAGCCACUUCCAGCUUGUAGAAGUGUUUGUGAACGUGCAAGGACUGGAUGUGCUCCUUUGAUGCAACAAUAUGGCUUUUCUUGGCCAGAGAGGAUGGCCUGUGAGAGGUUGCCAGUUCUUGGUGAUCAGGAAAAUCUCUGCAUGGACCAUGACAACAAAACCACCAGCACUGAUUCAGGUGGACCAGCUAGCAGCCCGCCAAUAGCAGCAGGCGUACCGCCGAGACCAACAAAGCCAUCAAAAACCACUCAACCUCCAAAAUGCAAACCCGGAAAGAACCAAAAAAACUGCCAAAAUCCCCCGGUGGAAAGGCCAAAAGAGUGCGCGUGCAGAUGCAGAGCACCACUCGUUCACAUACCUCUGGGGGCAGCAGGUUCGAGCUCUGCAUACCAUGGCACAGGGGCAGUCGCCGCAAAAAUUCCACUGCCCGGUCUUCUACCCGUGUAUACGCAAGAGAUUGCGGGGGUAGCGGACUGUUACAUUCCCUGCCACGGGGCCUUCCUCACGACAGAAGAAAGAGGAUUCGCGGCCGUCUGGCUGGCUGUGUGGAGCGGCCUAUGCGCGGCAAGCACCCUCACCACCAUAACCACUUUUCUGAUUGACACUCAUCGCUUCAAGUAUCCCGAGAGACCCAUAGUCUAUCUCUCAGCUUGCUACUUCCUUGUAUCUCUGGGAUACCUGGCUAGAAGCUUCGUCGGGCACGAGGAGAUCGCCUGUGAUGGUCCGAUAUUGCGCUCCGGAGCCCAAGGACCAGGAAUGUGCGUCACAGUCUUUCUGAUGAUCUACUUCUUCGGUAUGGCUUCUUCCGUCUGGUGGGUCGUCCUUGCAUUCACCUGGUUCCUGGCAGCGGGACUUAAAUGGGGAAACGAGGCCAUUGCCUCCUACUCACAGUACUACCACUUGGCAGCGUGGCUCGCACCGACUGCGCAGACUGUCUGGGCUCUCCUAGCUGGAGGAGUAGCUGGAGAUCCAAUUGCCGGAGUCUGCACAGUGGCUCCAGAAGGAGUGAGAACCUUCAUUCUAGCACCACUUUUAGUCUAUCUUAUACUUGGAACAAGUUUCCUGAUGGCAGGGUUUGUCAGCCUCUUUAGGAUUCGUUCGGUGAUCAAGAGGCAACCAGGUGCCAAAGCAGAUAAGCUGGAAAAACUGAUGAUCCGCAUUGGUGUCUUCUCCGUUCUCUAUACUGUACCAGCAACGGCUGUUCUCGCUUGCCAGCUCUACGAAUCAACAAUGAGAAGCGAAUGGCUCGACUCUCUUGCAUGUCCUUGUCGUCCCCGAACAAGGCCCAUGUACUCCAUCCUGAUGCUCAAGUACUUUAUGGCUCUCGCAGUGGGCAUCACCUCCGGCGUUUGGAUCUGGAGCGGCAAAACUUUGGAUUCCUGGCGAAGACGAUGGAGACGAGUUUUCGGUGACGGUGUCGGAGGUGGCGUUGGUGGAAUCAGUGGUGUCACAGGCGUCAGUGGACUUGGUAACGUCUCAGGAGUGAAGGGAAUCGUAGGACGCUCAUCUGCUCCUCACUAUCCACCACCUCCAGGUCCCGGAAGUGCUCUACUGCCGCCGGGAAGUGUUGCUAGCGCCUCUCAACAUCACCUCCAUCAUCAUGUCUUCAAGCAACAGCCACUCUCACACGUAUGACGUCACCAGUCGGCGGGAGGGGACAUGAGCACCGCAGGCUGCGAAUCACAGCAACAGGAAAGACCUUCCGCUUUGAGCAACUACGGGCCUAUUUAGCCCUUCGCGUCGGCCUCCCGAAGGCAUACUCCGCACACCGCACCGCACACGCCACAUUCGGCAGCCACCAUUUACUCCAGGAGAUCACUCGCCUCGACGGGACCUCUCACACCCGCUCAUGGACUGGCUCCAUCUUAUACUCAGGCGACAGAAGUCUAAGGAAUCUGCGGUGCUGGUUUCCAACAACUUCUGAACAGUUUAACAAUGGAUUUGGAAAGAUCCUUCUUGGCUGUUGAGUCAAGAAAGGAAGGAGCCGGGAAAUUGAUUAGGAGCUGAUCAUGUGCAUAGAUUUACUCUCUGUAAAUAUAUAUUCGUUGGUGUAAGAUUCAUGAUAUUGUUGAUAUUGUUGCUGAAGAAACGGGAGAACUCUCUUUAUCCGAGUGACAAAGAUUGAAACUACCUGGCGUACUGAUCAGCCUUUAGAUGUAUCUGAAAAUACUAGGUGUAGGAUUACGUCUCGGAUCCAGAGUAAAGCCUGGUUCAUUAGGAGUUUAGGGUAUACUUCCGAAAAGUUGUCCCCCAAGUAUAGCAAUAAUUGCCCCUCAAGGUGUUUUUUAUUGCAAAAACAAUUUUAAUAGAAUAGUUUCAAGUGAACCAGAUUUUACCGUAUCGAAUUUAGUGCCUAAAUUGCUUUUACGAAUUUAUAAUUGACAAUAUGAUGAAUCUGACACCUGUUCCUAGAUAAAUUUAGAACGGAUCUACAUCUUCGGAUGAUUUUCGUUGUAGCGUCAGUCCACUUUCCAACAUAUGUAAAAAAUAUUGUCAUCGGCAAGAAAGAACUUUCCAACCCAAUUGCUACCACAAACCAUUAACCUAAAUUUGACGAACUGAAGAAUCGAAACGCACAUUUCCCGAAUUCGGUAGCUCAUCCGAGGUGUCUGACUGGAUAGCUUGUGGUGUCUCAGACUUCUUCGUCGAAACCCGAUAUACGUAUUUUAAAGCGCGCGAAAAACCAGCAUGGCUUCUCCCGAGCCGCGGGAAUUUCGAAUCGCGAAUGAAGAGUCGAUCGAAAUGCCGUUCUCUCUGAACCGGAUGACCUUUCAGGCCUGCCCUUAGCGAAGGUAGUUGUAUCCAAGAAUUACGAGAGUCCUGGCUCGAGAGUCUUGAUGCCGCGCGUGUGAUUGUGAUUUUGUAUAGGUGAAUGUGUAUUUGUGUCCUUGGAGAGUGUGAGUGAAUGUGCGCGCGAGAAAAUUCUCUCUCUCCUCUCUCUCUCUCUUUUACUCUACAUAGUCUCUCUGCACUCCUUCGGACACCGCGAAGUCCGCUUGUCCGUCGAAUCUAUAUUGUCUUGUCUACGUGUCACUCCAUGCGGAGUCAGCUGGUAGAAAAUACGAGAUUGGAAUUCCCGGCCGACCCCUCCAUUCAGAAAAAUAAGGAAGAAACUUUUUUUUGCUGGAUUGUUGGGGAUAUCAAAGACUUCGAUUCUCAGACAUCACGGGACUAAAAUAACGUGAUAAAGAACUGAAACUGAAAUCGAAUUCCACGGUAUAUGAAUAUGAUAAUUUUAAAGAAAAACAACCCCGGCUGUCUUGGCAUGGUCAAACCUCUAUUUAUCUAGUUUUAACAUUCGAUAUGAAAAAGUCGAAUGAGCUCGUCGCGAGCUGGUUUCGAGAAGAGAUUUUUUAUAGAGCAUAGAUUUUUAAAAUCUUUAUAGUAAUAAAAAUAAAUUGACAGACAGCAAAAGGCAGAAGUAAUCUUGACGAAAGCAGCUCGCGACUCUGGUGGAAGUCGAAGAUGUAUAGGUUAUUUCUUAAGAAAGGAUGAAAACUACUGUAAAUAUUGCACUCCUAAUGAAUUAGGUUCUUUGUAAAUAAAUAAUAUUACUUCGAUUAUAUUGUAGAUUGUCGUGUGUACAGAGGCAAAUGUCCUUCGCGAUCGUGGCAGAAUCGCACGACAAACUUGAGAUCUCGAAAAUCUUGUCACGAGCGGAAGUGAUCCGAUGCGUCCAAAGAGUGUACAGAGAGGAAGGAACGCGCCAGAAAGAAUUUGAUAUACAUUUAUAACAAUAGUCAGUCGAAACUUUUUCAACCGCUUAGCAAAUAAGAGGUGUCGCGUUCGUCCUUUUGUCGUCUAGAAUCGACCAUAGAGGAAACUAAAAAAAAAAAAGAAAGAAAAAAGUUGACACCGGAAACAAGGCUUAAUUUGUAUUCUUAUUGUACUUCUCUCUAAACAGCUAUUCUCCAUAUGUCGAGUCAGAGAAACCAAGCCCGUAGAAAACUACGUAUGUAAAGGGAUUAAACUUGCGUGUCAAGGUUCACACGGUCUUCUAAAGUCAUGUCUGAGUUGAGGAUAAAGUUUCUCUCAACUGACUUAAUUUGCAGUCUGAAGAAAUCUAAUUCUGUUACUCACAAAUUUUCUUGUUUUCUAUUGUCCUCAUUUCUUUGAUGUGGACGCGACUUCAAGUAGUUCUUUAACAACGCGGUUACAGAUACAUAAUUAUAUAUAAUAGAUAAAUAUAUAUUAUAUAUAUAUGAUUAAAUAAAUGUGCGAAGAGAGAAGAGUUAGUAGGCGCGUUUGCCAAAUUCCAAAUUCCGAUCUGAAUCCAAGAAACUUGUCCAAAAUUCCUAUAUGUGAGGAGGAAAAAAAACCUUUUUUGAGCACAACGCGCUGUGUUCUGUUUCGAGGUGCAGUGUACAAUGUACAUGAGCGAGUAAAGAAAUGGUCGAAAGACUUGCAACAAAACGAAAACUGCCUCAAGCAACUUAACGCAACCGUCUUGACUUUGAGACGGGCCCCUCUGCCAAACAGACGUACACAUAUAAAAUUUAAGGUAGGAAGAGUAAAAAGUUAGUUUCACAUAUCACG